AUGAAAGAUGCCUGUAGUUUUGACGUUCUUACACCAGGGGGUGCUGGCAAUUAAGUUUCUCUCUCUCUCUCUCUCUCUCAAUUUCAAUUUAAGGGGCUUUAUUGGCAUGGGAAACAUAUGUUUACAUUGCCAAAGCAAGUGAAAUAGAUAAUAAAUACAAGUUAAAUAAACAAUAAAUUACACUCACAAAGUUCAAAAAGAAUAUAGACAUUUCAAAUGUCAUAUUAUGUCUAUAUAUAGUGUUGUAACUAUGUGCAAAUAGUUAAAAGUACAAAAGGGAAAAUAAAUUGGGUUGUAUUUACAAUGGUGUAUGUCAGGGUUCUUCAAUUCCGGUCCUGAAGGGCCGAAACACCUCUGUUUUUCAUCCUCUCCUUCUAAUCAGGGGCUAAUUCAGACCUGGGACACCAGGUGAGUGCAAUUAACUACCAGGUAGAAAUAAAAAACAGAAGUGUUUCGGCCCUCCAGGACCGGAAUUGAAGAACCCUGGCGUAUGUUCUUCACUGGUUGCCCUUUUUCUUGUGGCCACAGGUCACAAAUCUUGCUGCUGUGAUUGCACACUGUGGUAUUUCACCCAAUAGAUCUCUCUCUCUCUGUUUCUCUGUGUAGAACUCGGAGCUGUUCACUCUGACAUACGGAGCCCUGGUAACCCAGCUAUGUAAGGACUAUGAGAACGACGAGGAGGUCAACAAACAGCUGGAUAAGAUGUGAGUUUCUUCUCUUCUCAACAAACUCUGCUUAGUCCUCUCACUUAUAAGUGAUCAAGGAAAGGAGACAAGGAGAGUAAUAGAGUCACAUCUGUGUGUGUUUGUGUGUGUGUAAAAUGUGCCACUCCUCAACAUUUCAUUUUCAGUUUAUCCUUCACUCUGCAAAUGGAAAAAGUGGAGCUACUGGUUUCGGCCUCUGAAGUUUCCCGUCAACCUACAGCACACUGACAAAUUCUCCAUCCCUCUUAAACUUGACCCUAGAAACUAAUAGACCAAUGAUGUGACGUGUGUGUGUGGUGGUCAGAUAUGGCCUGUAAAGGUUUUCUGCUCUGCCAAACUAAGACAUCUACUGUAGCAUGCCCCAAAUAUGGUUCAAUUAGGUGAUGAUCUAAUCUGACUCCUUAAUAGGGUCCAGAUGUUUGUCUAUAUCUCUAUAUCUCUCCCUCUCUUUCUUUCAGCUUUGCUCAACUAUGCCAGUGUUCAUGUCUGAAAGCUUUAAGGGAGGUGUGGAAUCUCUGCUCUAAAGUGGAACCAUUCUUUUAUCCUAUACUCUUUCCAGGGGAUAUAAUAUCGGAGUGCGUCUCAUCGAAGACUUCUUGGCGCGCUCCAGCGUUGGGAGGUGUCAGGAUUUCAGAGAAACGGCCGACGUCAUCGCUAAGGUAACGGGAAUGUCCCUGAGCCAAUCAGAGCGUGACCAUGGAACCCUCCCAGAAAGGAGAGAGGCGAUGGGGAAGAGAAGGAGUGAGGGAGGGAAGGAAGGAGAGAGAAAAGGACAGGGAGAGAGAGAGAGAAAGAAACGGAGAUGGAGAAGAGCGAAAGAGAUUAAGAUCUGAGAGAGGGAGCGAGAGCUGGGAAAAAGACUGAGGGAGGGAGGUUGACUAUGAACGAGUGAAUGAGUGAGUUAGAGAGCGAGGGAGUCAGCGACAGGAAUUUGAACUCCAACCUGCAGUAAUCUGCAUAGUUUCAUCGCUCCUCUCUACUGCUUUUCAUUUCUCUGCACUCACACAGGUAGGGAAGCAUCCCAGCUAUGUCACCACAAAGCCAACUGGCCCCAGCCCGUGUGUGUGUGUGUGUGUGUGUGUGUGUGUGUGUGUGUGUGUGUGUCUGGGCUCUUGUUCCUCACUGCUUGUUGUCUUUCUUAUACAGUAGUCCAGGCAGAAUUGUCAACCUACAUCCAGGGUGAAACACAACCCCUCGCCCAAGUACAUUAGUUAACACUGAAGGAAUGACCAUACACACACACAAACUCGUGCUUGUGUCUAUGUGGUCAGACAGUAGUCUGCUGUACUCCUGAGCAGCGGGCCCUAAUAAUAAAUCACUGUAGACUUUACUUGUCAAGCUCAAACGCUACUUCUCUCACCGUGUGGUUGACACCAACCCUACAUCCAUCACUUUGCAAUGAGAGCGUUAGAGACCAGAGUUGAAUAUGUCCCCAGUUUAUUUCAGCUACUCGACCGCAGGACGGGGCAGCUCUUGCUAGCAAGCUUUGACAUUGACUAACAACCAAACUGCCGUCACGCAGUUUAAAAGAUACAUUCACAAGGGCAGAUCUCAACGACUUGAUCACUGAUUAUCUCGGCAGGUGUGAGACCCUGGUAAAGAAAGAUGUUACACUCCCUGGCCCUAACCUAGUCCUCUCUUUUCAACCCUUUCUCAGUAGAAAACAUGUGACAAUGUCAAAUUGUCUGCAUUCAGUGAAGAAUCUUAUGAGAGUGAUAGUCUCUGUUCCAUUAUAAAUGCAGUACUAACACCAUUGUAACACUAACAGCAUUGUAUGAUUGCAUGUGUUGUCCACUAGGUGGCGUUUAAGAUGUACCUGGGCAUCACCCCCAGUGUGACCAACUGGAGCCCGGCGGGGGAUGAGUUCUCCCUCAUCCUGGAGAGUAACCCCCUGGUGGACUUUGUUGAGCUGCCUGACAACCAUAGCUCCCUGGUCUACUCCAACCUGCUGUGUGGGGUACUCCGAGGAGCUCUGGAGAUGGUAAGGACUGUGCCUCUUUAGGCCUUUUCACACCAGCCUAACCAAGCUGUACUGUUCUGGCCUGGAUACGUAUCCACCAUCUUUGUUGGAACCGUGCUAAAAAAGGACAAUGUGAAAAUAAAAUACCAGAGUCAGCACAGGGUGUGUGCACGGUACUGUGAAAAUUAUAUUUGUGUGAUUUACACUGAGUAUACCAAACAUUAGGAACACCUUCCUAAUAUUGAGUUGCACCCUCCCCCCUUUUGCCAUCAGAACAGCCUCAAUGCGUCAGGGCAUGGACUCUACAAGGUGUCGAAAGCGUUCCACAGGGAUGCUGGCCCAUGUUGGCUCCAAUGCUUCCCACGGUUGUGUCAAGUUGGCUGGAUGUCCUUUAGGGUGGUCGACCAUUCUUGAUACACACAGGAAACUGUUGAGUGUGAAAAACCCAGCAGCAUUGCAGUUCUUGACACAAACCGGGACGCCUGGCACCUAUUUCCAUACCCCGUUCAAAGGCACUUAAUAAUUUUGUCUUGCCUAUUCACCCUCUGAAUGGCACACAUUGAAGUGGAUUUAACAAGCAACAUCAAUAAGGGAUCAUAGCUUUCAACUGGAUUCACCUGGUCAGUCUAUGUCAUGGAAAGAGCAGGUGUUCUUAAUGUUUUGUAUAUGCAGUGUAUGUAUGUGUUGUGAAGCUUUAUUAUGUAGAGAAAAGCCCUUUUUAAUUUCUAAUAUCUCCCUCUCUCCCCCAGGUGCAGAUGGCAGUGGAUGUGAAGUUUGCUCAGGACACCCUGAGAGGAGACAAUGUCACAGAGAUCCGCAUGAAGUUCAUCAAGAGGAUCGAAGAGAAUCUACCGGCCGGGGAUGAGUGA